AUGCUUAUGAAACCCUGGCACGUUACCAGUGUCAUCAGAGAUCAGAGACAAGAAGCAGAAAUUCUUCAGAUCCUCAAGGAAGUCAAGGCUAACUGCAUUGUGUUCGCGGCAGGAAAUAUGAGUAAUGUUAACGUCGUCGGUCGGAAUGCAGUGAAGGAAACCGUCCAGGAAUUUGUUGGCUGUCCCGAGGUUACAAAAUUUCUCAUGAUUUCAUUUCUGCCUCGCGCCGAAAGAAGGCGCCUUGAGAUCAUGGAGGCUAAGUUGAAUGCUGAUAAGUACCUGGUCGCCAUGGCUAAGCAGAGGAACGAUGACGACCAAUCUUCCUUUCAAGCAAUUAGCCUACGACCAAGUUUGCUCACCAAUGCUCCCAGGGGUAAAAUUCAUCUAGGCAAGACCAGAUUUUCAGGGAGGGUACCGCGUGCCGAUGUUACUGCCAUAGCUUCCAGUCUUCUUUCGCGAAGUGAUACUUCAGGCUGGUCUGAUCUCGUAGAUGGUAACGAUGAUAUUGAAUCCGGUGUGGAUAAUGCGGUACAGAAUAACUUGAAUUCCAUCAAGGGGGAAGAUCUUGAGCGAAUUAAUCGUGAAGCAAGAUAG